UAUAUAUACGCUAUUGUCGUUAUAUCUUUUUACUUUUUCAUUUUCUCCAGAAAAUGUUGCAUUACGCCACGAUUGCCUCGCAGUAUCAAGCUGCUAUUGACAACGUUCUGUGGAAUGAGGAGGUGGGAACUUGGCUCGAUUACGAUACAAGAACUAAGCAAUCCAGAAAUACGUUCUAUCCUUCGAAUCUGUCGCCUCUGUACACGAUGAGCUACGAUCAGAAUAAAAGUACUAAAUAUGCAAAGCGAUCUAUUUCCUAUCUCAGAAAAAAUAAAAUCGACUCGUACUUCGGUAAGUCAAACAGAUUGCCUUUGAUAUUUUUAUCGCAUAUUACCGAUUAAAUAUUUCUCUCUCCUUUUUUUC